AUGAGAAUUUCGAAACCAUAUUUGAGAAGUACUUCCAUCCAGUGCUACUUGUGUUUACUUCUAAACAGUCAUUUUUUAAAUGAGGCUGGCAUUCGUGUCUUCAUUUUGGGUUGUAUCAGUGCAGGUCUUCCUAAAACAGAAGCAAACUGGCAUGAUGUAAUAAGUGAUUUGAAAAAAAUUGAAGAUCUUAUUCAAUAUAUACAUAUUGAUGCUACUUUAUAUACUGAAAGUGAUGCUCAUCCUGAUUGCAAAGUAACAGCGAUGAAGUGCUUUCUCCUGGAGUUACGGGUCAUUUCACAUGAGUCCAGCAAUAUGGACAUUAACAACACAGUAGAAAACCUUAUCAUCCUAGCAAACAGCAGUUUAUCUUCUAAUGGGAAUAUUACAGAAUCUGGAUGCAAAGAAUGUGAGGAACUGGAAGAAAAAAAUAUUAAAGAAUUUUUGCAGAGUUUUGUGCAUAUUGUACAGAUGUUCAUCAACCCCUCUUGA